ACCUGAGCACUACGGGCGUGCUACUCCUUCGGGGCAAACCCAGGCGGCCAAACUGGCAAAAAGCCUGCAGCUCGCAUGGUCUGCCCCAACCAUCAGCCCGUCUUUCAUCCAUCCCAGCGCAGUUUAACGGCCCUUCGAUGCGCUGGGCCCGCGGCCUAUCACAACGUUCUGACUCAGUAGUCCCCAGACGACGCUCUCCACGCGACGUUGUUUUCUGCGGAGGUGGAGUCUUGGGGCGGCGAAAGCAAGCCUUGCGGAGAAAAGGCGCCGAAGGGUGGUUGGGAAGGAGCUUGGACGGCUUCGAGGACGCGCAUCGUCGUCUUGGCCUCGCGAGAGCAUCAUGCGAAGGCGAUUGUUGGGUUGAGUCGUCUGGUGGGAUUUCUUCUCCGGUGGCUUCCAGGCGUGUGACUUCCCCGGCUAUCCCCACGACCCCGGACGCCAGGCCAGCGGUCGUUGCACAGGCGAUCAUCAUUCUAUCGGUGCAUCAACCCACGAGCUGUCGGUGUAGCCGAGGACGAGCUCGGAUAGCUUUCCGAUAUUUUCGAAAGCAUCGUGAACGACUGAAGACACGGGUCGGCUGCACGACUCCGUUUGCCAGGUUCCCCAAGCUCUCCCCACGUGGCUCUCGCAGCUAGUCGGGGUAGAGUACAACGAGAGUCGGCGCAUUGCAUAGCGAUAGCGAAGAAGCUUUGCAAGAAUUUGUCUCCAAGCUCCCAAAAGUUUUCGGCGUCAUAGAGUGCUUGUUGGGGUUUCCGCGAU